AUGAACGCCACAGCCGAAAACAAAACAUUAUUCUUAACCUGCUACAUUCUAACUAACAAAGCAACGCUGAUUAAAGAUUUCUCAUCAGGCACAGAGAAAAUUAUCCACGUCGCUACUUUAGUUUUCUGCAUUUGUCUGUUCUUGUUCACGGUUGUUCUCAACACUGUUACAGUAGGAACAAUUUGGACAAUUCGUUCCCUCUCCGAAAAGGUCAGCUAUUUCUCCAUUAUGGUUCAAUCAGCCAUCGAUCUUGCAAAUGGUGUGGUCAUAUUUCCAAUGUUCAUUGCACAUCUAUCGAGUGAAAUUAGUGGAUCUCCAAGCUGUGACGCAACCUAUGUAAUGCUUGUGUUGUUAUGUCUGUUUUACCUCUAUUCGAUGACUUCGUUAUCAAUGCUGAACUUUGAAAGAUAUAUGGGCAUUUUGCAUCCACUGUUUCACCGAGCAAAAGUAACCAAAACACGAAUCUUGACAUAUGUUGUUGUUGUCUGUGGGAUACAAACUGUGUUCGCCAUUAUAACUUUGCCAUUCGUUCGCGUAUGCCGUUACCUUAUUGGUGGAACAUCAAUUCUUCUCGCCGCCAUGACUGUGUUUGUCUAUACAAGCAUUUGUUGCUCCCGCUUUAAGAAUUCGAAUUAUCCUGGUAACUGCAUCUCCCACGAAUUCAAAAAUCAAACAAAAAUGAACAGGGCACGAUUUAAGAAGGAACUAAAACUAGCAAAAGCCUGUUUCAUUGUUGUACUAAAUUUUCUCAUCUGUAAUGUGGCAGUCGUUCACAUGGCGUUUAAAUUAUUUAAGAUAAAUGAUGAGUACAUUGAGGCAAUGCAUAAAAAAUGGGCCUUCUUGUUCAUGCUUAGCAAUUCCACAAUCAAUUCCUUGGUGUAUUUUUGGCAAAAUAAAGAUCUUCGCGUACAUGCGAAAGCAUUCCUCAGAAAAACCGCGAUACGUCUACAUUGGAAAAAUCCGGACCCAAUCCUUAACCAUCAACCUCAAGCUUAUAUCUUAGCAUCACCAUUUUUCACACCUGGUUUUAACGCAAGGCUAACCCCCAAGCAUAUUCGUAGCAAUAACGCAGAUGACUUAACCCUAAACCCUCUUUCUCAAUCACAAGUCUCAUCCAACCCAGACAGCAGCCAUGAACUUGGCAUCAUGCCUACUCCAAGACCCAGCCUCUUCUUAAAUACUAACAACCUCAACUGCAAUCCAAAUCUUUCCAGUAAACUUACUCCAGGUCAAAACCUGAAAUCUCAUCAACUUGGUCCUCUUAACCCAAUAACACUGGUGUGCGGACGUAAUGGAUGGGUUGCGUACAAUGCCAAGUUAG